AAAAAGAAAUUGUACACCAAAGAUUUUGUGCCUGAUAGGAUCAAGUUGUAAGCUGUGCUAAUUUAAUGCUCCCAAAAAAUCGGAGGUCAUUUUAAAUACUAAUGUAAAAUCGGCAACGGCGUUGUCUUCCGUUUGGACCUUUGAUGCUGGCGGGCAUUUAGUCAGUCGAAAAUUAGAACUUGUGCUGAAAGAACGUUGCUGCUCUUCGCUCCCGACAUCAAACCUUGUUCCCCUGAUUGGUAGAAGUAGUUGUUGAAGGACGUUAAUGCAAAAUGUCAGACCAGGACUCGCGUGGCCGAGCGAGAGGACGAUCGCGUGGAUUACGUGGUGACUCAGCAUCGGACGAUUCAGUACGAAGACCAAGAGAACAUGGGACCGCUCCUUAUACUACACAGCCACCUCACCAUGCCGGUCGAGCUGGUAGCCGAGAACACAUUCCGGAAGAACCAGAACAAAGGCCUUCAUCGCAGCCACGUUCUGGAUCCGGGGGACGGGCAAGUUCAUUUACUCGAGAAGCUCCACAAGAACGUUCUGUGGUACCGCAUGGCCGAGCUUCUUUUCAUGGUGGAGCUGCAGCCCAGCCUCAAGCCUCGACCAGUCGCGCGCCCGCUCCUGGUGCUGGGCCUUCCAUUAGAGAGGGAGCAACCGUUGGUGGCCGUGGUGCUAGUCGUUUUCGUGAACAGAGAGAAUCCGUGAUUGUGACCCGUCCUUCCGCUGACUUUGACAAAUUAGGAAGAAUAGGCCAACAUGUUCCACUGACUUCGAAUUACUUCGAACUUAUUAAGCGCCCUGAUAUGCACCUGCUGCAAUAUCGCGUCGAUUUCACCCCAGAUGUAGACCAUAUCGGUGCCCGUAAGGCACUUAUCCGUGUCCAUGAAGCGACUCUUGGAAAGUAUCUCUUUGACGGGACCCUGCUAUACAACAUCAACCGUUUACCUCAGCCAUUGGAACUUUUCUCAAAACGUCUUUCUGAUAAUUCUGAUGUUGCCAUCAGUUUUCGGCUCGUUGGAGAGAUUCAUAAAGAAGACGCUACUUAUACAACUGUAAUGAAUAUAAUUCUACGUCGCUGUCUUGGAAUGCUCAAUCUUACCCUGUGGAAACGCGAUUACUAUGACCCUGCAUCCGCAACAGAAAUUCCUCAACACUUUCUGAAUAUAUGGCCUGGCUACGUUACUACCAUACGUCACCAUGAGGAAGGGUUUCUGCUGGGGGUUGAAAUAAUCCACCGUGUUUUACGACGAGAUACAGCCCUUGAUGUGAUGAACAAAAUUCGUCAGGCGGGAGGGGAUUUUCAAGCUAUGUGCUCGGCUGAGAUGCUUGGGAAAAUUGUUAUGACCCAUUAUAACAAAAGAACUUAUCGAAUUGAUGAUCUCGACUACACUAAAAAUCCCCAGUCAACUUUUCACCUGCGUAAGGAAGAUCGUGACAUCUCUUAUUUGGAAUACUACAAGAAGCGUUACAAUAUUGACGUGCGACAACCCACGCAGCCUUUGCUAGUGUCCCGUCCUACCCGACGAGAUGCCAAUCGUGGAGAUGAUCAACCGAUUUAUCUCAUUCCAGAGCUUUGCGGAAUGACCGGCCUUACGGAUGAUCAAAAAAAAAAUUUUGGGCUAAUGAGAGAUGUUGGUAACAUCACGCGAGUAACACCAGACAAACGCGUUGAAAGUCUAAUGAAAUUCCGGAGACGAUUGGCCGACAACCCCGAUAUCCAAAAAGAGUUGCAAAGCUGGGGUUUGGAUUUUGCCGCCAAUGUCGUUCGCAUCGAUGCGCGUAUUAUUCCUCCUCAAACGAUUCAACAAGGCGGUAAUAGUUUUCCAACACAGGAAGGAGACUGGAGUCGUAACAUUCAACGAUCCAGAAUGUGCGUCUCUGUUGAACUCCGCGACUGGAUAUUGUUCACUCCUGCUCAGAUGUCCCACGAAGUGAGACCUUUUGUUGAAAUGAUACAAAAUGUUGGUCGGUCACAAGGUUUCGAUGUUCCUGACCCUAUUGUUGUCCAGAUGCAAGCGGAUCGAACGUCCAAUUAUGUUGACGCUAUUCGUAGUGAAUGCAGCCGUAGAGAGUUCAGUCUGAUUUUCUGUGUGCUUCGAAGCGCACGGGCUGACACUUAUUCUUCAAUUAAGAAGCUGACAUGUGCUGAAUUUGGUAUACCUUCUCAGGUGAUAACGGGUCGAAAUAUAAAAGGCGUGCAGGGCAAGCUCAUGUCCAUCGCUACUAAAGUCAUGAUACAAAUAGCAUCCAAAUUGGGAGCUGAGCCUUGGAGAGUACUAGUCCCAUCGACUAAAUGGAUGGUGAUUGGUUACGACACAUAUCACGAUGCUCGCCAGAGGAAGGCUGUUGGUGCGUUCGUUGCAUCAAUAAAUCCAUCAUUCUCCCGAUACUACUCUUCAGUUAAAAUUCAUGAGAAUAAUGAGGAAAUUUCUCCCAGCUUCAAAGAUCAUCUUUUCGGUGCCCUAAAAGCUUUCUACAUUGUCAAUGAAAAAACGCUACCGGGUGCCAUUAUUGUAUACCGUGACGGAGUGGGAGCCGGAGAUAUUCCACGUCUCAAAGACACAGAAAUUGCUGCGUUAAAGGAUGCUUGUUCUGAAGCUGGUACUCGUACCAAUUACAUGGGGAAUGGAAUUUACAAUCCACCUAUUGCUUUCAUCGUCGUCAGCAAGCGAAUUAACACGCGCUUCUUCAAUAUGGAUGGUCGUUGUCCAUCCAAUCCUGUUUGCGGCACUGUCGUUGACAACAAGGUGACGCUGCAAGAAAGAUUCGACUUUUUCCUUGUGUCGCAGAAAGUUACUCAAGGAACUGUGUCACCCACUAGCUAUAAUAUCGUUGAAGAUCAAACUGGAAUCACCCCUGAUAUUCACCAGAGAUUGGCAUAUGCCUUGACGCACCUCUACUACAAUUGGCCGGGAACUCUCCGCAUCCCUGCUCCGAUCCAGUAUGCACACAAAUUGGCGUAUCUUGUUGGUGAGUCUAUCAUGCAACAACCCCACGAUAGCUUGUCUAAACUUCCGUACUAUCUUUAAGUUGUGUGGCACGAUUUUUUCAGUCCGUUCAGUAUCGUUCUAUUCCGGAAUUUUAGUUGCUGACAUUUGUUACAAAACUUCUUACAACUAGCAAAGUCAAAAAAAUUGACAAAAUUAGAACUUCGCUUUACAUUAUUAGUAUUAAUUUGAGCAAGGGAUUUUUAACAAUAUUGUUUAUUUGUUAUUUAAAAUCCUUAUUUUCACAUGUAAACUGGGAAAGCGAUACUAAGUACCUGUCCUCGUUUUUGUAAUUAACCAAGAAAUUAGAAAUAAACCUUUGAGUAGUUUUGUAGAAAAAAAAA